GUACUUCAUAAAUAUGACUGCACUUCUCGUAGAUGACAGAUCGCGCUAUGAAUACCUAAUUUCAACGUAUCGGCAGUGUUUGUACCAUGCAACUUCUGUCUUAGGAGACAAAACGUUGUAUAUUGGUGUUCGUUAGGGGGCGAACUUUAUAACAUGGCGAGUUUUGUUCGUCCCGAUACGCUUCCGCAAGCGCCUAAACGUCUGUCGAAGUGGGAGAAGGCUGACAUAAGAACUGAACGUCGAACGCGAAUGAGUAAAUAUGAACUCUUAAGGGAAGAUAUUGCCGACAGACUUCGAUGUCCGCUCUGUUUUUGUCUUCCCUGUGUGAUAAUAAUCUUCAUAUUGCUAAUAUUGAUCGGUAUUUAUGUGGUUCAGCCGUAUAUUCAAGGUAAGCGAAUUUUUAUUCAGAGUCAGUCUGUGUGCUUUGUUCGGCGCGCGCGUGCGAAAAACGCUUAUGGCAGACAACCGAGUAUGAUCGCACUGUAAACAUUCCCGCAAUUUGUAGGGUAAUAACCCAGCCAAGUGCUGACUGUGUUGACUUUAAUCUUGCAUAAAGUGUUCGAGCUGUAUUUACGACGAGAUUAAGUCUACACAGUUCAAAAUUCACUUAGCGGACAUUUCUAUAUAGAAUUCGGACACCUCUAUGUAAAGAUAGGCAGCUCAUUAUAAGGGUCAGCCCAAUUUCAAAACAACAGUCAUUUCCUAAAUCUCUGUGACCCUUACAUCCUUCUGUUCCAUUUUGCAACGUUAUGUUUAAUCCAAAAUGCAAAAUUUCUACGUUGUGUAGUCACUUAAGGUUAAGUUCGGGCAAGGAUCACGCCGGUAAUGCCAACAGCGCUGUUCAAAAUCAGUGUUACUGUACAGGCGCGUGUACCAUUGAAAUUUCCCAUCAAGUUGAUAUAUUAAAUAUCCGUCGAGAGGAAAUCAAUCGUGCCAUCUCACAGGAAUAUCAAGUCAACUUUGCCUUUUAGUAUAACGUUAUUGUGUGAAAACAAUAGAUAUUUUAAUAAGCUAAAUCGACGCUUCGGGGAGCCUUUGAUUUCUACAUGUUCAGCGAUUUUGUACAAUUAAUGUACAAACGAAUGUUAGCGAAAGUACAAGGGUUAGUGUCGUUACUGCCUUUUUGAGAAGCAAACUGACUUUUAAUCUUUUUCGAUUAUAAUAUGCUAGGCAUAUGCUGUCGAGUAAAGCUGUGUUUCUGUUAUUCGCUAGCCUCCCACGCAAACGUUCUAUUCGCUUGUUAUUCUACCCGUUUUCUUAGAAACAACGACCAUAUUGUUUUAAUAAGCGGCUUGCAUAAAGACACUGUAAAGAGGGAUUUAUUCUCGAAGUAAUUAACGUCUACGACCUUGCCUGUUUGAAUUUGGCUUUCCUCUUGCGAUUAGUUUAUUUCGAGUUUAUUUACCACCACGGCCUGAGCGUAGUCUUCUAACCUGACUGCAGUCCUUAAACUUCUCAUAGCCAAUUUUAGUUCACAAACUUCCAACAUCGCCGAGAGUUUUAGAACUGGUAUCAGUUGUUCCUUUAUCACAAUUUAAGUCGACAAAAUGAUCUUUAUCAAAAAGCAACUUGAGAUUUAUACCCUGCCCCGGCCGUACAAAAUGGGUUUUAUGACUUCUGUUUCGUUCUGUUUCGGAGCAAGACCGCGCUUUGUCCUGGUUUGUCAGUUCCUGUUGCAAAUCUUCAUUCUUGAAUAUGAUGAGUGGUCAAGGGAAGGCGCUGCUCAAGUGUUGUCAGUGUUGCCGAAAUGCACAUCAGCAAGGCUCUCUCUCUGUCAACAAAAAUUUGUUAUGCUGGAGAUCGGCCCAUAUGAGGGAAAUCGGAUUCCGGACUGAAUCAGGGAAAUUUUUGCUUGUGGAAUUUGGAAUCUUGGGUUUUCCAAUGCGGAAUACAUCUCAAACUCUGAAGAAUUCGGAAUCCACUAACGAUUGGAAUCCAGAAUCCAAGUGCUACUGACAAAGGCUGGAAUCCAGUACCUGGAAUCCGGAAUUCGUGACGUGGAAUCCAGAAUCCAAGUUUGUCUUGGAUUCCCUUAGAGCUCGUUUUAGAACGCUCGUCUAUUUUUUCUUUUCCCCAUUCCCCACUCCCUUGCGCUUGCGGUCAAAAAAUCCCCCCCCCCGGGUUUUAUUUCCGUACGCGCGCUCGACCAUCUCAAAAGAGAAAAUCAGAGGUUCUGUGAACAGGCUACAGAAACGCAAGUUACUUUUUCGUUGCUGGUUGUUGUAUUAGUAUCGUUUUGUGUGUCCUCCUUUCUCAUGAUUCUCGUGUAUCUCGUGUAUCUCGCGCCCCAUAUUUCGGGUCUUGUGUCGCUCUAGCCUGCGAAUCCCCCAUUUUCCACAGAGCUAGCGAAAUACUCAGGCGCGCGUGAAAAUCGCCACCUGUGAGGAUGGGGACUUGCUGACCAGCUCAGCCGGGGAUAUUGCCGUGGGGUAAGAUGUGAGGGGAGGGGGGCGGGCACACUUGGAUCUCCCCGAUCCGCCCCUCAUCUGUAACAGGCAAGACCAAUACUAACUGAAAUCUGUUUGUGAAGUUGAUGAUUAUUUAUCGCUUGAAUAAAAUCAGGAAAAGGCUUAGUAUCCACACAAUGCCGUGUGAAUCGGACAGAGAUGUUGGAGGAGGGAUCGUGCAGUCAUAGAACAGACAAGUUUGUCCCCUGCCUAAAAAUCAUAGUAAGUAACUGAUCAUGUUAUAACAAUUUGAUUAUUGUCAUCUGAGUUGAUAAACAAAGAGUGGCAGUCGUAGAACAAUUCAGAAGGGAACGGCUCGAGUGCUGCCUGUUCGUUAACUAAAUCCGGUGGCUCUCGUGUUGGGUUUUGAGUUGCUUCCCUGUAGGUUUUCACGUCGGGUUUUGCGCGAGUGACUUGCAAGUGCGAGACUAGCUGCGUGGCAGGCGUUCGAAAGGGAUCGGAAGAGAAUUUGGGCGCGAGAUCGCUUCUCAGGCGCCCGAAAUCCCCUGUCUCUUCCCUUUUAAACGCCUGUCACUCAGGCUAGUUCGAGACAUCUCGUCUUGCGGUUUCGUCAAUCACGCAAAACUUCAUGAAGCCCACUCGCAAGUAGAGGAGAUAGCGAGUAAGGAAGAUUGUAUGUGUGAAACGCGUCCUUAAUACAGUUUAGUUCAGACAUUUGUUUAUCUGUUCCUUUCAUUGCUUUUUGGAUAAAUAAUACAAGUAUCUCCACUUCUGAUGUGUUAUAGACUAUUAAUGAAGAUUAUUAAAAACGAAAAUUAGUUUACCAGGUGAUGAUUACUUUCCACAGGUAACCUACAGAGUAAACAAAACAACAGCUUUUGAGGCCGUUCUUAUGGAAAACGAACAAGCCUUGUCUCACUGUGAAAAGGUUGGAGAAUUGGAUUUAGCAAUAGUUGUUACAUGCACUGUCAACUUGGUGCAAUUUCCAAUUACGAAAUACCCCGAUACAAAUAUACAUGGAAUUCCUUACUUCAGAAACUGUAGCCAUUCCCCUUAGAGAAUCUGGAGUGGGAAAUUACGUUUUGGAGAUAAGAUGUUAUGUGCACGACAGUCAACCUCGACAAAGUAUUUAACGUUAGCAGUGAUCAGCCCGUUUUCUUCUUACGUUUCUGUACUAAGAGAGCUCAUAAUCGAAAGUGCAGACAAAAUUUGUAAGAGAACUCAAUAACAAAUGUGCUAGCCUGCGAGCAAGGUCUCCGUUUGAGGGACAUCGUGAAAUGUCGCCCAUACACUAAAGCGCGAAAGGCACGCGAAAGGGGAAGCCCUUCGCGGCUUCGUCGCUCUUCCGCGUUCUCGGACGACUCGCCUAGCACGGCCAAAUGGUAUAGAGACUUGCUCGCACGCUAGGUUACAAAUGUGCUUGCGGGAAAGGUUUUCACUUAAUGGUUACAUCAUAUUACUGUAUUUACACCUAAGUAGUUCACGUUACCUCACGUCUCAAGCUGGUUCUUUCUCCCAUGUUCUCUUGAAGUGUUCCUUCACGUUUGGCAGCAGUGACUUAUUUGGAAGAUACAGCAAGUGUGCUUGGGAUUCAGAUUUAUCAGCUCAAGAUUGCUACACAACUUACUUGAAUUAUUACGGAACGGUGAGCAGUAGAUUAUACCUCAAACAGCCGGCCAAACGUACUAAACCAUUCUCGACUCCAUUGCCUCUGUUCUGUUUUGGCAGCGUAGGGCCUCGUCCUCAGUUUUUCGCUAUAGAGAAGACCUUGGGAUUGCUCUUGAGUCCAAAUUGUCACCCAAUAAAAAGGCCUUGUAAUAUGUCAUUGCGUAGAAGCCAAUGACCAAUCAUUAGCGCGAAAAUUAUUUUCCUCUGGCAUCAAAGAGGGUCUUAGGGAGUGUCUGCCUCGUACCCAUUGCGCGCAAAGGAAGGCGGGAAGAACUCCUUCCCACGAUCCCUUGCGCUUCGUCAUCAGUCACUCGCGUUUCGCACUCGCCUGUGUACGAAAAACGAAGCGCCUGAGGCGGAGGCUGAGGGAGUCCCUUAUCAGUUACUUGAGUGGAUGCUUGGUAGGACUGGGGAGAGCUCAAUCGUUCGCUCCUACUUGCGAUCAUCUCGAGAGACUGCACCUCCCCCUCCCCUAACCCGUCAUUUUGCCCCUAAUUGAGGUCUCAAGGGGGAAGGGUAGGUAAGCGGCUUUCCAGAAUGUUAUUCUGAUCCUUGUAAAACCAGGGGCCGAUUACUACCUGGCAAAAUGUGACUCCCCUCCCUGGAUUAAAAUCACCUUUAUACGAAGGCGUGACAAAUCUUCAGAGUGCACUUGGACAUGCCCUGAUAUGAAGCCUGCUAGUGGUCUCUGACUUCUCCUGUUUUAAAAGCACUUUCUAUGAAGUAAUCUUUCUUGUAUACUUUGUUGUUUGCAGCCUAACAAUACAUUCUCAUGUUAUUUUGAUCCGGACAACUUUGAGGACGUCGUACGGAUUCUUAAGGUAACCCUUGGGACAUGCAAAUCAUGCGUCAUGUCUAUUUACUUGUUCAUUACGUGGUAUUAACCAACCUUAGAAGAGAAUGAUUGUUUUGUUUGAUUGUUUAUCCAGGUAUCAGGCGGUGAAGCAGUCGCCAUGAUAGUCGUUCCUCUUCUCUUCUUGUUGUUAUGGUUACUAGCUGUCAUGUUCAUGGCAUACGACAGGCAUCUUCGGAGGUAUUUAAAAAAAUUGAUACUAAAAUUGUUUGAUAGUUCGGACUGAAUUUGGCUGAAUAAUAAAUAAAUGAAUAAAUAAAUAAAUAAAUAAAUAAAAGGAAAUUCAGUAGCGGGAGUCGGAGUGUGCCUUUCAUUAUAUGAAAUCUCGAUGGGCACGUGUCCGUAGACUAAUUGCAGACCACCCAGCUUUUUUGCGAAACCUGGCCGGUUAACAGAAAGGGAUUUGCGCGAGAGAAGAAAGGUUUUUUUUUUCGGGUGCCCUAGCGCACCGCUUCAUCUUGUCGUCCUGAAUUUUGAACAAAAAAGGUUAUUUCGCAAGAAAAACUGACUGCAAACAGUUCUGUAGGCUACGCUGCAGGCGUUUGAAAGGGAGGGAAAAUCAGCUGCAUGAGAACGUGAUAGACGUGUUCAUUCCUCUGCACCCUCGCUUGCGCUCGAACCCUGCUGCUUGCAUCCCGCGGCCUGAGAAUCCCUGAAAUAGUUGCCCGGCUUUUGAAGAAAAGUCUCCCUCUUGACUUCCAAAGCCAUGAUUACAAUAUUCCUGAUAUAACAUUACAAUCAUUAAAAGGGAAUACGUUCUUCCAAAUCAGACAUUUGGGUGAAUUUUUUUAAAAUAAAUAACGCCAACAAGAAAAUAAACCAAAGCGCGUUUCUCCCGCGCUUGUAAUCGGUCCAAAGCGUGGAAGAGUACGCGGCAGUUGGCUUUCUGAAAACCACAUAAUGAUUUCUUCUCCUGCUUUCUUCAUUUUCUAAGCAACAUUGACGAACAAAUCAUCCAAGAAGGCAUGAAAGCUAACAAGUAUACCAAAAAUACCAUGAGUAACGGAUCAGCAGUGCCAUUAGGCAAACAUAACAGCGGAUUCGAUCUCGAAACAUCUACAGCAGUGAGCGCCGAUGUUUCAACACUGACCAGUGGACUCGCUACACCACGCACGCGCCGGAGAAGGAAAAAGAAAAUGCCUUGUUCAAGGCCACACUAUCAAUUUAACUACUUAGAUGAAGGGAUCUUAUUGGAGGAUAAACCUCUCUCCUCUACUGCGAAUGACCCUUAUAGUUACAGUUUCGUGACAGUGGACACUUCACCUGUUUGUACAUGCCAUCAUAAUGGUUAUUUAGAAGCGGGAUUUGAUCUCUUACCAUACAGCAGAGAUUAUUUCACACCUGUAUCCAGUACCCCGAGUGUAAGCUCGCGCUACUCUAGCCAACAGCGUAUAGUGCAUAUGCCUGAAUCGUUUGUAUAAUUGUUGAAAUUACCGGAGACUUCCGUCCGCCGCUCGUUGCUUCCGCCUUCCACCAAAGAUUUUUCGGUAUGCAGCCGACAACGAAGCAUCCCGACGCACGUGAGAAAAAAGGCUUUGGUACCUUGCGUAAGAACCGCAGUGCUUCGAAGGAAAAAUUGCGGCACAUCCGGAGUGUCAAGUGGCCAGUGCAGAAACUUUUCGUAUGGAACUUCUCACUCAUUAUUAAUUUAUGAGAUAGAACAAAGGAAAUCAUUCUUGUUAACGAAGUGUGGAGAGCGGACAAAUCAUGGAUCAUGCAAAGUUCUUCUUGAAAGUUUCAAGAUUUAUUGCCCAUGAGAAGAUACAUCGAACACUCUACGAAUCCAGGCAUCUCGAAAUUGGUCUCGACUGCCCCUCGUGUUGGUGUCUUGGAUUUGAUGCUCGUGGUACAAAUUGAGUGCAAAUUGAAUUUUAGUGAUCUAUUUAUUAUUUGACGUCAAUGUCCUACUCCGUGAUUGGGACUUUUAAAUAUUAGAGAGCUUUAGAUUCUGAGACGAGGACGACCACGAGUAGGAGAUUUUCUCAAUACUAAGUAGUGCUCUUGCGUGAACCAACGUCAUCUUGGCGGGAAAAUGUGAUAGCCGUCGUCAUUCUACUAUGAGUUUUAGUGAGAAUGUCGUAGUGGCGGGAACAAGUUAUCAAACUUAAGAAGUUUAAUCAUUUUGCGCCCGGGAAAGGGCUAAACCUCCUCCUCUAAAAAUAACCGCACUAAUUUUUUAGGUGGAAAAUAGUAUAAUGAAG